UGGAUGGGUUGUGCAAAGUUUACAGACACAUCCAACAAAUCAGCAUCACCUGAGGACUGAAGCAAGAAUGGACGCAGGUCUCAAGCAGAUGAACGGGGAACUGGAGAGAAAGGGCUCUCUGACCUCAUCCUACCUGGAAGAACCGUUAAACAAAUCAGGAGUGGUGUCCUGCAUCUUCUCUCUGAAAGAGGAGGUUGGCGCUCUUGUAAAAGCUCUGAAACUAUUUGAGGAGAAAGGAAUUAACCUGACCCACAUUGAGUCCCGUCCAUCACGCAAGAACAAAAAAGAAUAUGAGAUCUUCAUCAGCGUGGAUCAAGCCUCCUAUAAAGCAAUGGAGGAAGUUGUUGACAGUCUGCGCACACAGAUCAGUGGCCAAGUUCACGAGCUGUCUCGCAACAAAAAGAAAGACACAGUUCCAUGGUUCCCCAACGUCAUCCAGGACGUGGACCGCUUUGCCAAUCAGAUUCUCAGUUACGGGUCCGAGCUGGAUGCAGACCAUCCUGGCUUUACGGACCCCGUGUACCGUGUCAGGAGGAAGGAAUUUGCUGACAUUGCCUUCAACUACAGACAUGGACAGAUUAUUCCACAAAUUGAAUACACGGCUGAAGAGAAGGCCACAUGGGGGAAGGUUUUUCGAGAGCUGAAGACUCUGUACCCUACUCACGCCUGCCGUGAACACAACCUUGUUUUUCCACUGCUGGAGAAGUACUGCGGCUACCGUGAAGACAACAUCCCGCAGCUAGAGGACAUCUCACGCUACCUGCAGUCAUCCACUGGUUUCCGUCUGCGUCCCGUGGCCGGUCUCCUCUCCUCACGUGACUUCUUAGCUGGUCUCGCUUUCCGAGUGUUUCACUCCACCCAGUACAUUCGCCAUAGCUCCAAACCCAUGUACACACCUGAACCGGACAUCUGUCAUGAGCUGCUGGGUCACGUCCCACUGUUUGCCGACCCAAGUUUUGCCCAGUUCUCACAGGAAAUCGGAAUUGCCUCUUUGGGCGCCCCUGAUGAGUUCAUAGAGAAGCUGGCCACAGUCUACUGGUUCACUGUGGAAUUUGGUCUGUGCAAGCAAGGAAAUGAAGUUAAGGCUUACGGUGCAGGUCUGCUCUCAUCCUUUGGCGAACUGCAGUACUGUUUAACAGACAAGCCCAAACUCCUGCCCUUUGAUCCAGAGAAGACCUCAAUGCAGAAGUAUCCCAUCACAGAGUUCCAGCCCGUUUACUUUGUGGCUGAAAGUUUCGAGGACGCCAAAGAAAAAGUCAGGAAAUUUGCCGCCACCAUUCCCAGACCUUUCACUGUGCACUAUAAUCCCUACACACAGAGCAUUGAGGUGCUGGACAACACUCAGCAGCUGAAGGACCUGGCUGACAGCAUCAGUGGAGAGAUCUCAAUCCUCUGCAAUGCUCUGCGGAAGAUGAAGUGAAACGAUGGAGAUUAAAGAAGGAAUGCUGUAAAAUGAAAGAAGCUUCAUAAGCAUCAUCUAUAUAUUGCUUUUAGGUUCAUCUAACAUCACUUCUAUAGUUUUGCUAGAGAGCAUGCUAUUAAAUAUUAAAUUAGUCAUUAUGUAGCCUAUUGCAUGUAGACCAUAUUUAUAGUCUAGUUUUUGUAGUCGAAAUAUAUGUAGGCACCACGUAUUUAUCUGUCAGUUAACGAAAUAGCAUGCACGAAACAUUAUAACAAAUCGCAUGUAAAUACCAGAAAGCUUCGGGCAUUCUGAGGCGCGCAUCUCGCAAUAUAGGAAAUUUGUUAUUUUAUAUGAUACAUUAUCAUGUAGAAUAUUUUAGAAUCUUGUUUAAUCGUAUAAAAAUACAGAUUGCCUGCCGUCCAGAAUUUGCUUCAGCUGUUGAUUCUUGUUGCUGUAAUUUUUCCAAAACCCGCAAUCAAUUAAUCACAGGAUCAAAGGCUUGUCGAAACGAAUUGGCGGGAAUGCUUUUAUUUUUACAUGCGUUUAUGUUUUAUUAAACCAAAGCUUAAUAAUUUUCAGUUUCGCUUGACUGUAACGCAAUUCAGUAUAUGCAUUUAUAUCAUUUAUCUGUGACUUAAAUGUUAUGCAUGCAUUGUCACGUGUAUAAAAGAAUGAAUAAAAGGUAUUGUUAUUAUUAAAAAUGA